ACUUCCUAAAAUUUUAAAUAUGACCCCUCAUCAAUAAUUUCCAAGAAAAUGAGGUCUAAUCAGUUAAAUUUUCCGUCAAUUUCUCUCCUAAUACUCUCUUAACUUUCUUGAUUAAACCCUGCAUACUAUUCCAACAAAUACGUACAAAGCAUGAGAAUGACUGCACUUGCUCUUUCUCAUCUUCCUUCAAACGGAAAAGUAGCCAUUCACAUUAUUUUCAGGGAAAAACAUUUAUGUACUAAAAGAUUCUCGAAAUAUAAUUGAUUGCAUAAAGUCGUCAAUUCUCCUUGGCACAGUCCACGUUAAAAUUCUAACUUAUUUGAAGGAUCCGGCUCACCUCCCGUAGAUGAUCCCUCCAUUUCCACCAGUUGGCUGUUGAGAUUGCGACAUGUGCCUCAAUAGCAGAUUUAUUUAGUUAACCCACUGUGGUAAAUUGUUCACUCUGUUUUUUCAAUUGCAGAUCUUGAAAGAUUUGGAUGGGGGAAUGGUCCUUGUGACUGUAGAGAGGAGAGAGAGGGGUUUUUACCAUGGUUAGAAGGUUGUGGUUAAAUAAAUAAAUCUGCACCAUUUAUUUGUUAUUGAGACACGUUCGAAAUUUCAACAGCCAACUGAAGGAAAUGGAGGGAUCAGCUACUCGAGGUGAGCCGGAUCCGUAUUUGACACUCUAUUCCAAUGUACUAAACGAUUCUCGAUGUAUAAAGUCAUCAAUUCUCGUUGACAUAGUCCACAUUAAAAUUCUAACGUAGUUGACGCUCUAUUCCAAUGAAAUUAGUCCUUCCAACUUUAUAAGUAGCUAUAAAAGGAUGUUUAAUGGGCCGGAGAAUCAAGUAUCAAAAAUCACAACAAACACAAUACAUACAUCCCUAGUCUCCUUUAACAAUGGCUCCUAAUUAUGUGAUGAUGCUUUAUCUGAUAACAUUAAUUUGCUUUUCACUAUCUUUUGGUAUUGAUGCUAUGGUACCAAGACACAACCAUCUCAUAGCCAAACCUAGCUGCAAUGAAAGUUGUGGCAAUGUCAACAUCCCUUUUCCUUUCGGGUUGACCGGAGACUGCUGUCUAGACGAUCAGUUCCUCGUCACAUGUAAUCACACCUUUCAACCUCCCCAGCCCUUUUUAGGAGACAGCGGUAUUGAAAUCACACGCAUAUCUCUCGCUGGGCAACUUAACGUCUUACAGUUCAUAUCCAGCGAUUGUUAUCGUGCUGGGAAUAACACGGAAACAACCCAGCCAUCUAUAGAAUUAUCAUCGUUGCUUAGUGUGAGCUACACCGCGAAUAAGUUCAUCGCAGUUGGUUGUGACACAUACGCCAUCGUUCAGGGCUAUUAUCGGAAGUAUAAUCUUAAAGUCAGGGAUUCCUACAUAACAGGAUGCAUGUCCAUGUGCGAUAGUCUUGAUGAUGCUGUUAAUGGUGAUAAUAACUCAUGUUCUGGGGUCGGUUGUUGCAGGACAUCCAUCCCUGAGGGAGCAUGGAAUGUCACCAUAACACUAGACAGUUAUAAUAAUUAUAGAAGUACUAAUAUGACAAAUGCCUGCAGCUAUGCUUUUGUGGUCGAUGAAGCUAAUUUUAGCUUUUCUAAGAGUUACCUUAGCAAUUUGCAGACCACGACGAAGCUUCCUCUUGUGCUAGAUUGGGCAAUUGGUAAAGAAACAUGUGAAAUAGCUAAGAGAGACUCGACUGCAUAUGCAUGUAAGAGUAACAACAGUGAUUGUCAUGAUAAUUCAAAUGGAUAUAGAUGUACCUGCAAGCAAGGAUAUGAUGGGAAUCCAUACCUCAAAGAUGGUUGCCAAGAUAUCAAUGAAUGUAUAGAUCGGAAACCAGAUUAUAGGUGUGUCACAAAUGCCAUUUGCAACAAUAUAGAUGGGAAUUAUACAUGCACGUGCCCUCCAGAUUUCAGUGGUGAUGGUUAUACUGAAUGCAAUCGUGACAAUCCUCAGAAAAAAAUUCUGAAUACUUAUCUUGUUAUAGGUGUUACAACAGGGGUUGCUUUAAUGGUUAUCAUAGUAUUUGGCUGGUCAUAUACUGGAUUCCAAAGGAGAAAGAUGUUAAUGAUGAAGAAAAAGUUUUUCCAAGAAAAUGGUGGAUUAGUUCUACAACAACGACUCACAGGGGAAGAGGGAUCAAGUAAUACUAAUACAAUAAAGAUUUUCACAGCGGAACAGCUAGAGAAGGCAACUAAUGGCUUUGAUAAAGAUAGAGUUGUCGGUCAAGGAGGUUUUGGAACUGUGUACAAAGGAUAUCUGAAAGAUGAUUGCAUCGUUGCGAUAAAAAAAUCUAAGGUAAUUGAUCACAAUCAAAUCGAACAAUUCAUAAAUGAAGUCAUUGUCCUUUCCCAAAUCAACCAUAGAAAUGUGGUUAAGCUCUUAGGUUGUUGCCUUGAGACGGAAGUUCCACUAUUGGUGUAUGAAUUUAUCAGCAAUGGAACACUUUCUGAACACUUACAUGAUAAAGUAAAGGCCUCUACUCUUUCUUUGGAUAUUCGUCUGAAAGUUGCUGCAGAAACUGCAGGAGUACUUUCAUACUUGCACUCAGCAGCUUACCCUCCUAUCAUCCAUAGAGAUAUUAAGUCAGUCAACAUUCUUCUAGACAAAAGCUACACAGCCAAAGUGUCCGAUUUCGGAGCAUCCAGGUUGGUUCCUGCUGAUCAAACAGAGCUAUCUACAUUGGUUCAAGGAACUCUAGGAUAUCUAGAUCCUGAAUACUUGCAAACAAAUCAACUCACUGAAAAAAGUGAUGUAUACAGUUUUGGAGUAGUGCUUGUAGAACUCCUAACUGGUAGAAAGGCUCUAUGUUUUGAAAGACCAGAAGCAGAGAGAAGUCUAGCUCAAUAUUUCAUAUCUUCAGUGGAAAAAGGUCAUUUGUUCGAUAUUCUAGACAACAAUAUAGCCUGUGAAGAGGGAAAUGCAGGGCAAUUGAAAAAUGUUGCUAUGCUUGCACAGAGGUGCUUAAAUGUUAAAGGGGAUGAGCGACCUACAAUGAAGGAAGUUGCAGCAGAAUUGGAAGCUGGAUCGAGAUUGAGGCAUUCCUGGGCUCAAACUGAUCAACAUUCAGAGGAGAUAGAGUCCUUACUGCCUGGCACUCAACCGUUAGGAUUUGGAUACCAAUAUAGUGAACACACAAUUCAUGUUGACAGUAUAAUCAGCCAUGUAACUUUACCAUUUCCUGGAGGAAGGUAAUCGAUCAUGGAUGUUAAUUUAGCUCAGCAAUACGAACUCAGAACGGCCAUGACUUCAACAUGAAUUUCGUUUGCUCUUCGGCACGUUAGAAACAGGAACUAAGUUUGAUUUAGUUGCAUCUGUUUUAUUUGUCCAGAGAUAAUAAAUUUCAGUAACAAAUUAAUCUCAAGUGUACUUGUUUAUGUAUCCUGAUAAUAGUCGACACAUUUUGAUGUU